GUCUCUCUCAGAGAUCACUUACAAAACCUGCCCUGAAUCUUGUACUCCUUGCAUGACAUCUUGGCACUCAAGGUGUAAUGCUUUGUUAUCAAAACGCUUCGUGUAGUGAUAUAUACUAGGCUGCAAACUACAGUGUGAUUAGUCCCUCUCAAUCCUUACUAAAGUGCAAACGUGAACUGAAGAGAGAGAUCUAGGCAUAUAAUCGAGGAAUUGUAAGAUUUGAAAUAAGAUUGAUCAGGGAUACGAUAUCAAAUUUCAUUCUGGAAUUAAAGACGGACGAUUUCGGACACAAUUCCUCUCCUAAACGGAACAUCUUCAACAGUUAAAAAGAAUCGGUACCUGAGGUGGACUAGGAGCCUAUCCCCCUCUCUCUCUAGUGAGAUUGGGCGCUCUGUAGGCGCAUUCGGCCAGCGCCUGCUGACCUCUAGUGACAAGCAGUGACCCCCUGGUGACCCCUGGUGACCCCAGGUGACCCCUGGUGACCCCUGGUGACCCCCUAGGACCCCAGGUGACCAGACACGAUGGAACGCAACAUCCCACACGUCUUAGACGUCUUCACGUGUUCUCCCAGAGCAAGGCGCCGUAGCCAUGCUACGGAAAUCAACCAGGUUGCAGCACAGCAGAAGGAUGCAGACCUGGCACAGAAGAACCCGGGCAACGACUCCGCUGUGUCUGUGGGCUCGAGCGACGAGGACGAGGCCAAUAUCUCCAAGUACUUCGACUACCUAAAUGAGGAUGAUCCUGGCAGCGGCAGCGCCUCCAAGAGGAAGAAGAAGAAGAAGAGUCUAGGGAAGGAAAACCAGGACAAUGAAAGUCAGGGGAAGGACAACAAAGAGGACAACAAAGGGAAAGAGAAGCAGGGAAACGACAAACCAUCAGAGAGAAGUAGCCGUAAGGGGGAGUACGAAAAGGACAUGAGGCACAUCGAACGCCACCUCUCCAUGAAGAAGACCAUUCGCAAGAAGAUGAUGCGCGAUCUCCAGCAGGCCUUCGUUGAAGAUCCCGGAGAGUUUCAGCAGGACCCGAACCGUAUGACCCCGGAGAAGAAGAACAACAUCGAUAUACGAAAUCUGACUUUCUCCAAAAGUAGGCUCUCUAAAUCAGAGCACAAUUUUCUGGAUAUGCUUAAAGAUGAAUCGCCGAAGGACAAGGACAAGAAGGAUCGCAAGGGAAUCCUAGGAUAUAGAGAUUUAAUGAAAAACAACAAAAAUAAAGAAUCGAAUGACGAACUCAAGGAUGACGACUCCGGCAAUGGGUCCCCGACGCGGGACUCUCCGAAGAAGGCCGUGAGCAAGGAGGACUUGAUAGACACGAAGGAUCCUGCCAAGGAAGAGAAAAAAGUCGGAUUUUGGAAGAAAUUAACCGGGAAGGGGAAGAGUAAGCGGUAAAAGGUCCAGCAGACUGUUCCCCUAACUGCCCCCGUAAUAACUGACUGUGAUAGCGUUCCUGUGCCUACUGCAGUAGCAGCCACUCUCCUUACCUUAAGCUCUCCUGUCCUUGUAUCGGGUCGUGCCUGUGUCGUCCCUUGUUGUAUGGGUCGUUCCUGGGUCGUUCUUUUGUGGUCUUAACCAUCAGCUGUCAAGACCAGUGUGUUGCCUCAGUCAUUCUUCUCCAGUUCUUUAUUUAACCUCUUGUUCGUGUUCACAUUCUCGUACGUCGGCACUUGUACUGUCAGCUUUAUUUCCUCUUGUAUCUUUAUUAUCGGCCGCAUUCAAUACAGAUAUAUGGUAUUGAAUAUACUUUUUUUACAUCUUUAUUCUCAGACAUAGUGUAGUGUCUCUACUCUGACAUAUUGUAGUGCCUCUACUCUCAGAUAUAGUGUAGUGCCUCUACUCUCAGAAAUAAUAUAGUGCCUCUACUCUCAGAUAUAGUGUAGUGCCUCUACUCUGACAUACUGUAGUGCCUCUUCACUCUCAGACAUACUGUAUUGUCUCUUUACUGUGACCUACUUUACUGCCUAUUUAUUCUGACAUACUCUUGUGCCUCUUGUCUGCAGCAUACCAUAGUCUCUUUACUCCAGCAUAGUGUAAAAGGCCUCUUUAUUGACAUACUCUAGUGCCUCUACCCUGACAUACCAUACCGCCUUAACUUUCAUAGUGCAAUAUUAUUUUCACAUCUGUUUCUCAACUUUUUCACUACAACGGAUUUUGUUCUCCUUCAAGUCUUCCAAAUUGCAGACCUCAUAAUUGUGCAGCUUAAGAUGAACCUCGUAUGUGUAUGUUUAUGUAAAAAAUUAGUGAUGUGUAUAUACAGUAGGCCUAAGUGUAUUAUAGAGGGAGAUGCAGUGGCCCAUUAUGUUCACAUUUGAUAAGUUAAGCUUGUAAUAUGUAAUAUGUAUACCCCCCACAAUUUUUAAUGUUGUAUUAUGUGUAUGUAUUCCCCACAAGUAUACUAUAUAUUACCAU